CACCGAGUUUUCGUACGUACCUUCGAGUCCUCUCUAUUCCGUUGAUUCCAUUAAAUCAAUCGAAUACUCAUUAAUUUUAAUAAUUUCCGAAUAUUUUCGUUAAUCGUCAUUACCUCCUGCUCUGUUUGCCCUUUGGUUGCCAUUGUGGUAGCACGUGAUUACUCUGGUGGAGGAUCAAUUUGAGUUCUCCAAUAAAUGUUUACAUUUUGUGAGGAUGGCAUAUAUUAUGCAGGACUCGAGCAGUGUGACAGGGGGUGGUUGUAGUAGAAGUGCCAGUAGCAUAACUCGCGGCAACAUCGUGCCAGGAAAUUGCGACGGGUUGGAACGACGAAUGGUAGACAUCACCAGAGAUAAGCCGAUUAAAGUUGCUGUCAGGGUCCAAGUGCCUGUUCGAGAUCACCCUAAGUUCAAUUUCGUUGGGAAGCUGUUGGGUCCAAAGGGAAAUUCAUUGAAACGUCUUCAAGAAGAGAGUGGCUGCAAAAUGGCAGUGCUUGGACGUGGAUCUAUGAAAGAUCGGCAAAAGGAGGAAGAGUUACGUACCAGUGGUGAUCCAAAGUUCUCUCAUCUUACGGAGGAUCUUCACGUAGAAAUAAGUGCCUAUGCCACACCAGCUGAGGCGCACGCCCGCAUUGCCUAUGCCCUCGUCGAAGUCCGUCGCUUCCUCGUCCCCGAUUACAAUGAUGACAUACGACAAGAACAGAUGUGGGAGAUGCAGAUGAUGAACUGCACGGAAAAUAGCCAGGAUGACUUAUCAAGCCUAGAUACUAAUUCAGAACCAACUAGUUCACCAAUUUCUAGUACCACUGGACAUCCUAAUGAAGGUCAGGAUUUCGGCAAAACUUCAGGGACUUCAUCCCAUUGCAAAACUUCAGGUCGAAAGCGGCCUUUAGUCUCUGGAAAUCGACCUGCCAUGUCCCCAACGAAAAGAACGGUCAUGUCACUUUUGGCAAGGGCGAGAGCUGCCCAGAAUAAAGAGCAUCUACAACCAGCGCAAAUUGUUGCUCACACACAAACACCAACUGUCCAUCAAGCGACUUUAGCAAUGAUCCCACAAGCUCCAAAUCAGUCCACAACUCAUGCUAUAGCACAGGUACCCAGAAUUCAAUUAAUCGGUCAGACAGUAGCAACCCAACAUCAAACGUUAAGAAGACAGACAAUUAUUCCAUCUCAUUCGCAACAUCAGAUUCUGUCACCUGCAAUUGGGCUCAUUCAUGCGCAAAGGACCACCGGUGGUUCAACUGUGCUUCCACUUCUACGAGAGGAUCUUGUUGCUGGAGUGAAUCUCGUUUAAUGCUCGGAUCUCCAAUCGAAGAGUGGACUUGAUUUGUUCAUCCCUUUAAUUCUCAUAAAAUUUUAAGAAAGGUGGGCAAUUUAUGAAAGGUAGAUUGUAAGAAUAUUUUUUCUCUCCGUUUUUGUAUUUAAUAAUCAGGGUUGACUCUAUUUUCUUGUAUUCUCAUUUAUCUUUACAACCCUCGGACCAACUUCUCUAUUCAUUGGCUGCGUUAGACGGACAAUUGUGCUGAUAUAGCAAUUAGAUAGACAAAUUGAAGUGCGAUGUAUAUUCGAAUUAUUCGAAUU